GGUCCCACAAUAUUAUUACAGAGAGAGAGAGAGAGAGAGAGGGAGAGAGAGAGACAGAGAGAGAGAGCUAUUAUUCCUCAUCUCGGACGAUGAACUGAGUAGCUGUAGCAAAAGGAGCCUGAGAAAGUAUUUUACAUUGGACGCUGUUGGAAAGCUGUGGGAUUCAGGGAAUCACUGUGAAUAUGAGGAUUUUACGCCAUCUGCUGGUGCUUGUAAUGCACCUGGUUUUUGGAAGCGUUGCACAGCGAUUCUCCAAUGGCUAUUAUUAUCAGGACAUUGUUAAUGGAAAUGGCAAUGGAAAUGGCAAUGGGGAGAUUUACUUCCACAAGAUCCGUCUUCACGUCGAGUCUCCUGAAACGGUGUCGGCUGUUCAGGGCAGUAACGUCACACUCCCCUGUCAUUACCGAUACGAGCCCGCGCUCAGCUCGCCCCGCAGAACGCGGGUCAAGUGGUCCUGGCAGCCCGUGAACGGCGAGGGCCAGGAGCAUGACGUCAUGGUGGCCAUCGGCACACGUCACCGGAGUUAUGGAGACUUCAAAGGACGGGUGCGGCUCCGCCGAAACGCCCCGGGCGAUGCGUCCCUCGUUAUCAACCCGCUACAGUCCGACGAUACCGGCCGUUACCGGUGUGAAAUUAUUGAUGGUCUCGAGGACGAGAGCGUGACAGUGCAGCUUGAGUUUCGAGGUGUUGUGUUCCCCUAUCACUCCAUUAGGGGGCGCUAUCUCAUGAACUUUCAUGAGGCUAAGGAGGCAUGUGAGAAGCAGGAUUCACAUCUGGCUACCUUUGAACAGCUCUACGCUGCUUGGGAGGGAGGGCUGGAUUGGUGCAACGCUGGGUGGCUCAUGGACGGGACAGCACAAUAUCCCGUUGUUGUGCCACGAGACGCUUGUGGCGGCACCGACCUGGCACCUGGUGUACGGAGCUAUGGCGUUCGAGACAAAAGUCUGGACCGUUUUGAUGCCUUCUGCUUUACUUCGUCCAUUAGAGGAGAGGUCUACUUCCUGCAACAUCCCGUCAAACUAAAUUUUACAGAGGCGGCGGAGGCCUGUCAGAACGACGGUGGUCGUAUUGCUAAAGUUGGCCAGUUAUAUGCAGCCUGGAAGUUUGUGGGAUUGGACCAGUGUGAUGCGGGCUGGUUGGCUGACGGUAGUGUACGUUACCCAAUCAUCCAACCUAGGGCGAACUGCGGUACAUCAGAAGCAGGAGUGCGCAGCUUUGGCUUCCCUCCAAAGCAUUUAAAACAUGGCGUGUACUGCUACAAAGUUCGCUGGUAAAAUGUACAGUUCAUUUUAAAUGUAUAAACACUUCUGUGAAAACCACCGUGAACAGUACUUUUUUACACUACUGAUAUUCAAAUCAUAAUAAUGUGUUUGUAUUGUGUCUUGACUUGAUUUAAAAUGUCCUGGGAUUCCUACCAAAUUUACACCGUGAGGGCGGCACAGAAGCGCCUCUGAAGUGGCAUUUAGGUGUUUUUACACAAACUGCUCAGAGGUGACAUAGUAGCAUUUACACAGCAAAUACAAUUGUAUGUUUUGGUAUUAGAAGCUGAGGUGGCUUAAAUGUAGUUGGCUUAUGUUUUUACACAACAUUUUGAGCAGGCACAGAGCAGCCUUAAAGGCACAAAAUGUAAGUUUUCGCCACUAGAGGGUGCAUAUUUAAAACAAACAUUGUAACAAAGGCAUAGUUUGAUGACACUGUGAUUGAAUGUGGAAUCGUGGGAGUUGUAGUCUUCAUUCCCACAGCCGAUGCUAUCCAUCGGGGCUCGGGCAGAAAACAUGUCCAUAGAUAAUCUAUUGCAGGGGUGGCGAACGUCGGUCCUGGAGAGCCGCAGCCCUGCAUAGUUUUGCUUCAACCCUAAUCAAACGCACCUGAACAAGCUAACCAAUGUCUAAAGGGUUACUAGAAAGCAACAGGCAGGUGAGUUUUAAUUAGGGAUGGUGCUGAACUCUGCAGGGCUGCGGCUCUUCAGGACCGGAGUUCGCCACCCCGAUCUAUUGUGUUAAAGACCUAUUAAAGGAGAAGUCCACUUCCAAAACAAAGAUUCACAUGUAAUGUUCUCACCCCCUUGUCAUCCAGUCAUAAAGAAAAUAUGUUUUCUGAGAACAUUUCAGCAUUUUUCUCCAUAUAAUGGACUGCUAUGGUGCCCCGAGUUUGAACUUCCAAAAUGCAGUUUAAAUGCGGCUUCAAACGGUCUCAAAUGCAGUUGUAAACGAUCCCAGCCAAGACAGAAGGGUCUUAUCUAGCCUAACGAUCAGUUAUUUUCAUAUAAACAUUACAAUUUAUAUACUUUUUAAUGUCAAACGCUCAUCUCAUGUUGUCCCUCAACUUCAAAAUCACCCUAUAUCGCUGUUUUACCUUUUUUGUUAGAUCUUUACCUUUGUGUUUGAUCUUCUUUGCAUGUUCACUUUGCAAAGACUAGAUCUGUACUUCUGCAGCGUAGGAUGAUUUUAAAAUGAUUUUUGUUGAAGGAGAAAAUACGAUUGGAGCUUUUGGAAGUUCAAACUCGGGGCACCAUAUCAGUCCAUUAUAUGGAGAAAAAUCCUGAAACGUUUUCCUAAAAAAAAAGAUUUCUUUAGGACUAAAGAAAGAAA